UAUCCUUUAGGAAGCUAACUUACUAGAUACAUUGAAUACCAUCAAAACCAAAGAUGCCUCUGGAUGUAGUAAGUCAUAAUAAAUGAAAAAUAUUUUUAGGGAGCUGGGGGUGGGGAACAUGUCAGACUCCGAGCUCGGCAGGAAGUGGGACCAGUGCAUGGUGGGUGCGGUCGUGAAGAUAGGUGUCGGUUUUGGAUUAAGACUGGUUUUCUCACUUACCUUCUUUAAAAGAAGAAUGUGGCCAUUAGUCUUUGGUUCUGGCAUGGGAUUGGGAAUGGCCGACUCCAACUGUCAGCAUGAUUUCCAGGCUCCGUAUCUUCUACACGGAAAAUAUGUCCAAGAGCAGGAUCAGUGACUUCCACCUGAGAACAUCCCAGUGGGAGGAAAAGAGAAAUCAUGUCUAUUCCUCAGGAAUACUGAAGUGCCCUGGAGUCAGCUGACAUUCUUCUAUAGCAAUGUCAU